AUGUCACCCAAGGCCAAGGAUGUGAACCGUCCCACGGACACCAAGCAGAAGGAGAAAGACAUCAACCAGAAGCUGCAAUGGUUUGGCAUGUACCACGCCUUCAAGAACAGCAAGCUUCCGUCGAACAAACAGUGUGAUGUCGCCCUGAACAGUGCCCUGACGUCCAAGGUCCUCACCUCCCCGCCGGCUGAGCUGUCCGCCGAGGGCAGGGUUCUGGUCAAGGACCUGCGCAAUGUCAUCGACCAGUCCAAGAAGCUGCUCUUGUCCAAGAACGAGGGUGAACUGCUGCAGGAGUUCAUCUGGCAGUCCCAGCAGAUCACCGCGGGACAAGUGCAGACAUCUGGUCUUCCCGUCGACAAGGACAGCGCCAAGCAGGAUGGCCAGAAGGCGCUGGAGGGCUUUAAGACCCUGGGAACUCUUCUGAUCACCAAUGGAGAAUUCCGCAAGAUCCUGAGCGACGCCACCAUCCUCCUCAAGGACAUUGCGGCAGAUGCGUCGCAGAAGGCUGCCAACCAGGUCCGGCCAUCGGAAGAGCAGCUCUCGCAGAUUGACGAGCCUGCUGAGGAGAACGUCUGGCACGAGAAGCCCAAUGUCUCCAAGGAGGACAUGAAGUCCAAGUUCAAGAAGAAGAAGAAGCAACAAGACAAGUCUAGUGUUGCUUCCAGCAACGAUGAUGCCUCGGUGGCCCAAUCCGAUGACAGCAAGAACAGUCGUACUCGUGAAUACGCCGAGAAGACCAAGAAAUACCUGUCCGAAAAGGUUCCCAAGGAGCGUCGCGAGCAGGUCAUCUGGCGUCUGAAGAAGAUGGUCAUUGAGAUCCAGGGCCAUGCUGACUACCAGCAAGCCAUUGAAACCCUGCUGACCAUGGCGGAGAAGUAUGCUGGCCACACCAAGUCCGUUGGUCAGCAGAGCUCUGGCACCGUCAAGGACUUCCGAGCCACCGACAGUGUGCAGGCUGCUGAGAAUUGUCUACGGACUCUCAUCGAGCGCUUCGCUAACAACACCUCCUUGAGCGAUUUCUUUGACUCCUUGAACAAGAUCUACACUGAUGCGGACAAGGAUCCUGAGCUGCGGAGAUGGUUCAAGAACGUCGACACCUACAUCAGGAAAUGUUUGCGUGAGCAAGGGUUCAUCAUGGAGGACGAGGCGAACCGUCAGUGGAAUGAGCUGUAUGACAAGGGCCACUAUCUGCUGCGUGAGCGUUACAGAGACCACACCAACCGCAUUGUGGAUGAGAUCAAGUUCCUGGCGGAUCAGUUCGACAAAGACCCCCAGAACAGGGCCCUCGCCGAGUCGAUCCAGCAUCUCUUCAGGGACCUGGGCCGGAAUACGGGCGGCCAAGUGGUGUUUAAGCAGGACCUGCUCAAAGAUGUGGGCAAUGUCAUUUUGCCUGGCAUUUUUGAGAAUGUACGCUACGUUCCAAUUCCGCGUAUCGAGGUGUCCGACCCCAUGGUCGACGUGGUGGUCGAGAACCUGGUCGUUGAAAGCGACAACCUGAUGCCCAACGUUGUCGAGUUUGGCAGUGACAACUACUUCCGCUGGGGCCGCAAGAAGAUCAGCAACAAGAGGGAUAACAAGAUCAUGAUCUCUGCGUCUGGCAUUCAAGCAGAUCUGCGUGAUGUCAGCUACUACAUCAAGAAGAAGGAGGGCUUCCCCUCGAUCACCGACAGGGGUAUCAUGGACAUCUUCCUCGGCGGCGAAGGCGUCAGCUUCAAGAUUGCUGCUUCCAACGCCCAUAAGCAGGAUAAGGAGCACUUCGUCAAACUGGACAAGGUGGACGUGACCAUCAAGAACAUGGACAUCAAGCUGAAGAAAUCCAACCACAAGAUCCUCUUCAACGUGUUCAAGCCGAUGCUCUUCCGCGUGGUCCGUCCCGCUCUGCAGAAGGUCUUGGAGGAGCAGAUCCGCAAGGCCUUCAAUGACGCCGACGCCUUCGCCCACGAGAUUAGCACCGAGGCCCAGCGUGCCCAGAAAGCCGCCCGCGAGGACCCCGAUAACGCACCGGGCAUCUUCUCCCGCUACGCUGACGCCAUCCGGGCCCGCAUGCAAGCCAAGGCCAAGAAGGCCGAAGAGAUCGUCCAGCGUGAUACCAAGGUCCAGACCGUCAUGACCCUCCACGAUUCCAUUUUCCCGGACAUCGAGCUGCCCGGCGGCGUCUCCAGCAAGGCAACCGAGUAUGCCGACCUCGCUACCAAGGGCGAGCGCUGGGAGUCGCCCAUCUUUAGCAUUGGCAACGCCGGCGAGUCCACCGACAUCCCUACCCAGGAACCUAUCACCCGCAAGGCCCAUAACACCAAUGGUACCACGGACGUUGCUGGCGCCGCCGGUGCUUCUGGCAGCGCGACCGCGGCCGCCACGAACGGCACCUCCAAGGUGUCUGGGUACCCCUCGCGUGGCUUCUCCGAUGAAGUCGACCAGGCCUUUGUCAACGACAAGACCAAGACCGUUGGCGACGGUAUCAAGACUACCAACGGCACCACCGCCACGAACGGGUUCACCGCGGUCAACUAA